GGGGCUCUGGUUUUCCAGAGUGGUUAUGAGUAGACGGAACAAAAACUUUUAAAGAACUGUAAUUUUAAAGAAUGUUUUUAUUUAGCCAUAGAUAAGAUCUGCAAAACGUCUUUCAUUCAUCCUUAAUGAGUAAGAUGGACACUAGUGCCAACCCACCAUCAUCCCCAGAGACUCCCAGGGAGGAUGGUGUAACCCACGAACAUAUCAGUUUUCCCGUUUCCUUGACCAAAUCCAUUCCAGGCACUGAGAUUUCUCAGAUGGCUGGUCCUCCUAUUUCAAGCUCUGACAGUGCAGAUCAACCACCAAAAUCGACCCCUUCUGCAACUCAGGAUAGCACCUCAAAACACACUAAAGUUAAAACAUCUAAUGUUCCACUCAAACCAACACCUGAGAAUCCAACAGCACCUACAUCUAACCCUGCAUUAUUUCAUAUUUCUAAAACUACUCCAGCAAUGUCAGCUCCAACACCAUCAUCAUCAACUUCGCUAGCAGGAGUUUCUUCUGAACCCUCUGCAGCACAAUCAUCUUCUCCCAAUGAUGUAAUGACACCAAACAUCACCAUUUCUGCUGACCCUGCCCCAUCUACACCUCUCCCAGAGGGUUUGAAGUCUACCACCACAGCACCUGGAGUGGACACCAUUAAGCUUCCUCGUCAACGUAGCUUUUUGACUGCAGCCAAGAAGGUGAUUAUGCAGGAGAAAAUAAAAAAGGCUGAAGAGCAGGCUAAAGAUGAAGAGUCAGAUGAUGCUGAUGAGGAUCUGCCUUUUGAGGAGCUACUGGAGAAAGCUGAGGCUGGAGAUCCCAAAGCACAGAGUAGACUUGGUAAAUACUACCUUAAACUGGGAGCAGAGAAAGACACAGAGGUAAAUGACCAUACAGCUGUUGAAUGGCUGAUGAAGGCGGCAAAGCAAGGUCGGAUGGAUGCAGCCAAACUACUUCAGAAGUGCUGGAUCCAAAAGAAAGGCAUCACACCAGAGAAUGCACAGGAGGUGAGAAGGCUCUCCUCAGAGAGCAAGUUUGAACAGGCAGUGAGGAGGGCUGCCAUGAUGAUGUACUGGCAACUCAAUCCUGACAAGAAGAAGACAGUAGCAAUGUCUGAGAUGCUGGAGAACGUUAGCCAUGUCAAUGCUGUACCAGGUGAGAAUGCAGUAUGUGGCGUAACACCCACAUUACAAACUCAAAGGAAUAUGUUGGAAACCAUGGUGUCUAGAGAGUGUGGCUCUAAGUAUGUGGAUUUGGAAGAUUUUGUGGAGAUGACAAAAAAGUUCACAGAAGGAAUUGGUUGCACUGCUACAGCGAGCAGUGCAGGUGUCGAUGCAAAGAGAAACGAAGACACAUUAAGGAAAAGUCCUGGUGAUGGAGCCACACUUGAUAAGGGAAAAAAUGAAAUGGCUCCUGUCUCUCAUAAGCGCCUUCGAAAGACCAGCUGGGGAAUGGGAGGCAGUGGGAUGAUGCUGGCAACCAGACGCAGUGAUGCGAUGAAGAAAGCCCUGGAUAUAAAAGCUCACUUCUUGGGUCUCCAGUAUCCUCUCCACAUCAUUAUUGAGAUGAAGGAACAUUUAAUUGACUGGGCAUCUCGUGCUGGCGUACAGUGGCUGAGCACCAUCAUCCCUACGCAACAUGUCAAUGCCCUUAUUUUCUUUUUCAUCAUCUCCAAUCUCACCAUUGAUCUGUUUGCAUUUGUCAUCCCACUCUUCAUCUUCUACCUCUCUUUUGCCUCCAUGGCCAUCUGUACACUGAGAGUGUUCCAGAGCAGCAAAGGCUGGGACAACUUCCGUGCCUUAACUGCCCUCCUCAUCCGCUUCGAGCCCAACUUGGAUGUAGAGCAAGCAGAGACCAACUUUGGAUGGAACAACUUGGAACAGUACCUCUACUUCAUGAUAUCUGUGUUCUUUGUGAUCUUCACUUUCCCAGUAGCCAAUAAAGGCUGGAUCCCAUGUUCAGAGCUCUCCACGGUGGCCAUCUUUUUCACGGUAUUGAGCUACAUGAGUCUGAGCCCAUCUGCAGCAGCAUAUGCGCGAAAGGCACUGAUCAUCGAGGUGGCAUCAUCAUUGUGUGCCCUGGCCAGCAAGUUGCCCAAGGAGAUGGUGAUGGUCAGGAUGCUGGGGCAUAAUUUUGCAACCAUCCCUCUUGGAGAGUCAGUGGUGCUGGAGCUCAGUGUACCCUGUGUACUCUACAUCUACCUGCUCUACCUGUUCUUCAGUAUGGCACGUAUGAGGGGAUUCAGAGGGACGUACUGCUUCCUGGUGCCUUACCUAGUCUGCUUUGUGUGGUGUGAGUUCUCUGUAGUUCUGCUACGGAAUUCAACCACUAUUGGUCUCAUUCGCACCUGUGUUGCUUACUUCCUCUUCCUGUUCGCAUUACCUCUCUUGGCUAUGGGUCUGGUAGCAAUGCUGAUGAUUCAGUUGGUUAAAUGGUUCCUGGAGCUGGAGUUGACUAAAAUGCUGGUAACGCUAGCAGUGUGUGCUGUGCCAGUGACACUGCGGCUAUGGACUCGAUUCAGCCUCUCCAUUCUCCAAGUCUUCAGCUCCAUCACCCACAGAGGCCCGGUAAAACUGAUCCUCCUAUGCAUCUCUACAUUGAUUUUACUCUCUGGGGUCUAUGUCUAUAAUGCUGAAGGUCUGAAGGUUUAUAACUCCACACUCACCUGGCAGCAAUAUGGUUCACUUUGUGGCCCACAUGCCUGGCAGGAUCGUGGCAUGGUUCAAACACAGCUCCUCUGUAGCCAUUUGGAAGGCCAUCGUGUCACCUGGACAGGAAAAUUUCGUCAUGUUCGCGUAGCUGAAACAGAAAACGGAGCUCAGUCUGUUAUAAGCAUGCUACCAGUGUUCAUGGGAGACUGGCUGCAAUGUCUCUAUGGUGAGGUUUACCCGAAGUGUGAACCAUGGAAUAAUACUUCUCCAGUUGUAAAUGUAACUGAAGGUGACUCAGUGCUUGUCAACACCACCAUGCUGUUACUCCGACAGGAAGAGGAAGAGCUCUGUCGAAUAAAAGCCUUUGCUAAACACCAAUGCCAUGUAAAACGCUUUGACAGUUACCGCUUUGAAGUGAUGGUUGGCAUGCCUGUGGAUGAGGUCACGAAAAGUGAUGAUCUGGCAGGUGAUAUCAUCUUGAUGGCAAGUCAUGAGUUUAGACAGGUGCUCCUGAACCUCAACCCAGGCAGCAUGGUAGAAUUCAGCACAAAGCUGGAGGGCAGGUUGGGUGCCAAGCUACCUGCAUUUGAACUGAAAGCCAUACACUGUCUAGACUGCAGCUCAUCACUGGUGCCUGAGGGACGACAGGUCAAGAUUGAGCGCAACUGGAGAAAGACCAUGCUUAAAGCAAUUAAAUUUGCAUUUGACUUCUUUUUUGCUCCCUUCCUAUAUGCUAGAAUCAAUGUAUAAAUGAGAAUACAGAGAUUCGGGGCCUGGUGUAUAAACACAUGCAAUUUCCCAGAAAGACAUCAGGAUUUAUAAAAAAUAAAGUGAAAUCGGAUCACACCAUCCACACACUAUUGACUGUAUGUAUGUACUCUUAUGUGAAUUGGUGACUCCAAAUGACCAUGUAAUGAACUGAUCAGACUGAUUCGAACUACUCCACAUUUAGAAUAAAAAAGCAAAGAUUUAAGCAUUUUGCAUUUGUUAUCACUAUCUACGUGAUUUAUUAUAAAUAUUUUAUGUAACUAAUUGAAAAGGCAUUAAAAUGUGAUGCACAUUGACUGAAUGGUAAAAUAAACGGUAUAAUGCUGGACACAUUGAGUAGAUGAACAAACAAUUGGAAAGGCUAGAAGUCAGCUGUUUGAUAGUCUUAUCAGAAACACUGUACAGUCCAGCCAAGUAGGGACAUGCACAGUAAAAACAGGCAUUGUAAGCCCAUAUGUGGUAUUUUGGGGAGGAAAACUGGGUGGAGAAUAAAGCUAUUGGAUGAAUGCACAACUGGGAUUUAUUAAGUGAACUUUGCCCAGGUUGUAGCGUAGGUGCAGUUUUCUAAAUCUGAAAACUUUGGGGAUACACAUGCUUUUGGAUAGAACAUAUGCCAAGUUUUAUACAUGAGGCCCUAGAAGCGGCCGGAGAGAUGACAGAGGUAUGGAAGUUUGAAUAAAAGUUUAACACUUUUGAUGGUGAAAAACUUAGUAGGAUAGACUAGAAAUUCAUGCUCCUAAUUUCUAUGAUCAAUCGUAAAAAAGGGUGUCAUGACAAUUUGCACGUCACAAAAGAAAACUUUUUAGAAAUCAAAAGUCUUAUUAGAUGUUGUGGAUUAUAUUUGUGGCUUAAGUAAAAUGAUUCAAAUCUAGAAGGGCAUGUAGUGAGUAGCCUAUGAUUGAUGCUUUUUGAUAAAACAGGAUUAUUAUUUGCAUUAUUAUAUACUAUUUGUACUGCUGCUUUUAUGUUCUCAUUAGAGUUAUAUCGGGUAACGCAUUAUAAUAACUUUAUUUAGUAAUUUACUAAAUGUUAUCAUCAAAUUUGAAUAUACAUGAAUCAAAGUUGAAUGAUUUUUGAAUGAAUGUACCAUAGUAAUCUAUAAAGCAUUUUAUAAUGUAUUGAUUAUUAAAUGUAGGUAUAUUUUCAAAAUGUUACAAAUAUAUAAUUUCAGUUAUUAUCCAAUGAGUAUUUUUCAACUGCCCUUAUUCCAUAUUUUAAUCUUGUUUAAUUCUCCGCAGUGUUUCUGCUGUUUCAAAAAAGGUACUUUUAGUGUGCCACAGAGGGUUUGAUAUUAAAAGUGUUUGUCCUGUUUAAAUGUAAGUUAGGAUUGUCUUUGACACUUUUAGGUAAAGUAAGUAACAUUUAAUGUCAUUUUCUGCUUUUUAUCAUAAACUGAAAACGGCUUGAGUUUUUUCAGCCAACCCUAUACAAUCCAAAAUGAUAAACCACAUAAUUAUGGUUAUGAUGCAUGUGCAAGGCAACAGAUUAUUAUUUCCAGUACAUGUGUAUAUAUAUCUUGUCUUGUGCUUUUAUUGUAGACUUUUGACUGACAUCACUUUUAGUCAUGUAUUACAGAAUGCUCUGAAUAUUUAUGUAUGGCGAAGAUUAUCUUAUAAAUCAAGCUUUUGUUGGAAUGGUUUUUUUUGUGAUACACAGAUAUUAGUCUACAUCAUUCAAGUGUCUAAUGUAAAUACAUCACACAGCCAACUUACAACUCUUUGUCGCACUCUGAUGAUGUUUUCCUGAAAAUCCUCUCCUGAUAGUUGUGUACAACCUGUCUACAGUAUCUCACAGUGUACUUUGUCCUAUGCUGAUCUCUGGAUUCUGGGAUUUUAUAUCAGGGAUUCUUUCUAUUUUUGUGAAAAUGUAAAAAUGAAUAAAAGUGAAUUUAAGGUUCACGAUCUGU